AUGCCGCCCCAGAUCAAGCACGACCUCAACCGGUCUGGCUGGGAAAGCACCGACUUUCCCUCCGUAUGCGAACGAUGCCUUCCGGACAACCCAUAUGUGCAGAUGCUGAAGGAAGACUACGGCUCCGAGUGCAAGGUCUGCACCCGCCCCUUCACCGUCUUCAAGUGGAAGGCCGAUCGCACCUCGCGACAGAAGCGCACCAACAUCUGUCUUACGUGCGCGCGCCUGAAGAACUGCUGCCAGUGCUGCAUGCUCGACUUGUCCUUCGGCCUGCCCAUCGUCGUCAGAGAUGCAGCCCUGAAGAUGGUCGCUCCCGGCCCUCAGAGCAACAUCAACCGCGAGUAUUAUGCGCAGAACCACGAGAAAGAGAUUGAGGAGGGCAGAGGCGCGAUCGAGGAGUACGAGAAGACGGAUGAGAAGGCAAGGGAUCUGCUGCGGCGCCUGGCACAAAGCGAGCCGUACUACAAAAAGCAGCGCAGGUUGGAGCUGGAGUCAGGAGAGGGUAGCAAAGACGGACAGAAGGCGUUGCCUGCGCCCGAGGGAAGUGAGGGCCAACUCCAUAGAGCGGGCCCCAUCCGCACGAAGGACACCAAAGCCGGACCGCCAGGAGCGCGCGGUCCCUUGAGCCGUACUGGUCGCGGAGCCCGGGGGUUCCCUAGCGCCGCGCAACUGGCGCCACGUCCCGAGGAUAUUCUGCCCCCGGCAGAUAAGAAAAUCACUUCACUGUUUGUUACUGGCGUCGAAGAUGACCUCCCAGAACACGAGAUCCGUUCUUAUUUCACCAAUUUCGGCCAGCUUCGGUCACUUGUAUGUUCGCACAGGUCGCAUUGCGCCUUUGUCAACUACGUCAACAGGAAUUCGGCGGAGAAGGCCGCUGAGGCAUGUCAAGGCAGGGCUGUGGUGAAGGGCGUGCCGCUGCGGAUUCAGUGGGGAAAGCCGAAGCCGCUGGAUACCAUGGAACGGGAAGAGCGCAUGGCCAAUGCGAGGUCGGGGAGGCAGACGAAGAAAGCCAUUGCAGCGGCAUCAGACGGCCGGGGGUCAGGUGCGGCUGGUCCGUCUUCCGCCGGCGGAGCUACGGAGAACCUGGAUAGCCUUGCUGCCAUCGCACCACCUCCGGGUUCGGAGGAGGUGAAUUAUGCAAGUCUGGCGGGGAACUAA